AUGGCGAGUGUGAUGGGUGUUAGCAUGCUCGCGCUCCUCUCCCCGGUGCUGUUCAGUCUCGCGCUGCUCCUCAUGGCCGCUGCAGCCUCCGGGCACUACGCCCUGAUCUGCGCGAGCGCGCCCGUGCCGCUGUCGGUGCCGGUGCACGCGGGCUCCGUUGGCAUGCACGGACAACAGCAUCAGGUGCAGCACGCGACUCCGGCUCCGUUAUACAGGCACGCGCACGCGGCGCUGCUGCAGAGCGACUUUGCGUUAGAGAGCAGGAGUACCGGCGGGGGUGCAGGAGGGGGUCAUGCACAUCAGUGGCUCGCUGCUGCCCGGUCUCAUGGUGCCAGGGGGGGUACUGGAGGCACGGGCGCACGGGAAACAAGCGCAUGGGCAUCAGGCGACAUCAAACCGGCAAUCCGCCUCACCGGGGAGGACAUGCACGAGGAUGAGGACAACAAUAACAACAACAACAACAACAAUAACAAUAAUAACUCCAGCACCGGGAACCUGCAGCACGCGCUUCAUCACCAUCACCAUCACCAUCACGAGGAGGACGCGGCGCGCGCCUGGAGGAACGCGAGCGCCACACCUGUGGCUCACCUGUCCGGCAGUCUCGCACAUGCCCAGUUCAGCGGGCUCGUACCGGGGGUCCAGCAGCACCGCGAACACGAGCACGAGACUCCCGAGGACGCCACACCGACAUCAGACGAGCUCGAACUCUUCGCCAAGCACUUCAAGCAGCGGCGCAUCAGGCUGGGCUGCACGCAGGCGGACGUGGGUCUCGCGCUCGGGACGCUGUACGGUACCGUGUUCUCUCAGACCACCAUCUGCCGCUUCGAGGCGCUGCAGCUCAGCUUCAGGAACAUGUGCAAGCUCAAACCUCUGCUCAGCAACUGGCUCGAGGAGGCCGACCGCAGCGCGAGCGGCACCGGCGUGGGCGUGGGAGUGGGCACCGGGCUGGACAGGCUCGCGGCGCACGGGCGCAAACGCAAGAAACGCACUUCCAUCGAGGUGAGCGUGAAGGGGGCGCUGGAGAGCCACUUCAUCCGGAGCCCCAAACCGGGCGCCGCGGAGCUCAGCAGCCUGGCCGACACCCUGCAGCUGGAGAAGGAGGUGGUGCGGGUCUGGUUCUGCAACCGGAGGCAGAAGGAGAAGAGAAUGACCCCCCCACCACCACCGGCCACCGGCGCGCACGAGCUCCAGAGCCAAACCGCGGCGAGUGAACGAUAA